AUGAACAUGAGCCGAACACGUUCCGUUUUCCGACUUGCCAAGAGGAAACUUCUUGAAUGUCAAGGUAUAUUGAAACGAGCUGGGAAUAAUAAAGUGCCAGCGUCAUCGAAUAUCAUGCUUGACGAGCCAGUUCUGGAAGAAAUUCUCAGGAAACUCGACGUUAAGGAUCGUGUGAUGUUGAGAGGCGUUUCACCUCAAAUACAUCAAUUGGUCGAUCGUUUACCACUAAUAUUGCCGUUUGUCUUCAUUCGAUCGGAUAGUCGUGGAAAUAUUGAGUUGCACUGUGACCAUAUCGACGUUCUGAUAGAUUACAUACUUGUCGACGUUCCUGGUUUUAAAGUCCAUGACGGAGUGAUGGUGUUCAACUACAGUGACACGCGAACGAUAAUCGCAUCAAUUGUGUCACGAAUCACUGGAAUUGCUCAUUUAUGGCUGGACUCUACAUGGAACGGUCACAUCGUGCAGACAAUUGUUGAAUAUUAUCAGGCAAUCAAUCAUGAUAACAAAAGAAAGAGGUUUCAUCUGGAACAACUUACAAUCAUUGGCAGCAUCAGAUUCAGUGAUAUUGACUGGGUCUCGUCGCUGAUUCUGCUCUCACGUCGCUCAUUGUCGCAUAUUCGAUUUCGUCACUGUCGUGUACACUCGCAGCAGCAAACAGUACAAUUAUGGACUGCUGUGAUGCAGUGCCAGUCCUUGAGCGCAUUGCAGUACGAGCCGUGUCGUCUCGACAGAUGGAGCCGACCACAUCUCGUCGACGCACUCACUAACAAACCUCUUAAAUCCUUGAUUCUGACUGGCAUAGAUGGUUUACAACCGAAGGAUCUGUUUCGAAUGACGAAUGGGGCACGUUUAGAAGAGCUGGCUGUGGUUGGAGAGUUGAUAACGCCAUCAAGUUUUGAUCACAAGGAGGCAAGCGCGAUGUUGGGAACCGUUAAUAGCCUUCUAAUACAGGUGAAUUCAACAUUCUCAAUCCACGAUGCCUCCGAACGUGCAGCAAUUUUACGAAUGAUGUCAUCGUUGCCUGCUACUGGUGUACUCGAAGUGAUCCAUAUCAGUCGCGGAACGGUCACGGACACCACCAAGGUGAUCAGUUACUGGAUUCAGCUUGCUAGAGAUUCAUCACGUGAGGUGAAAUUGAAAUUGGAAGAAUGUUCACAGGAACGCGCCGACGCUGCUGUCGGACGCCUUCUGCGAAAAGUUCGUGGAGUAGGACGUAGCGAGUGGACUAAAGGAGGAGUAGCUAUGCAAAUGGGUGACGGCCGAUUGACGGUACUGGACAAGAAGGCGUGGUUCGGUGAUGAUCAGUAA